UCGGUCGCUUUUAUUUAGCAUCCGCACGAUAAACUUUCGUCCGAUUCAAACAGACUCUUUUUUCUUGGUUUGGGGGGAACUGCUGGGGCGCUCAGCUCACAUGAUUCAAAGUCAGACUCGCAGAGUCGGUCGGUCGGUCGGUAGUAGGUUGUGCUAACUCCAAGGAAGCAGUCGCAAGCGAACGGUUCUCCGUGCGCUGUUUUUGUGUUAUUAUUGAACGACUACGCUCCACAGCGUACCGGUAGUUUUUCUUUUUAAUUGGCCAGUGUGAAGUUGUGAUGUUCCGAUUGGAACGGUGAAAAACGAAAAUCUUUGUGCUGCGGAUGCGGAUGCGGAAUAGUGGGCCGGAGGCCGAGGACGAGGGUUUGCUGCUUGCUACUACACAACAUAUCGUCGAGAGAUUAGCCAUAUAUUGGUUCGUUUUUCGUGCGUAUUUAAAGAAUUCGGUUCAGUGACUCACCAGUGCGCUGCCGAAAAGAUGCACAUUUGUUUGAUCGUAAUCUAGAAGAAAAAGGAAGGUGAACCGAAUCGAAUGAUACGUGAUGCAAAAUACGGAUUCUGUUAGUGCGUGUUUUUUUUCGGUUGGAAACGUGUGAGAAAGGUUCAAGUUAGACUGUGAUAUCAUUCAGUGCCAUAGGGGGAUGUACGUCCGAAGAGAGCCGAAAUCAUUAUGCUUUUAUAGUGUUUAAAUUGGGCAGUAAAUUUAUUCUUUCGGAAUGUUAUUGGAUUUUCAACGACUUUCAUCAGUGAUACAGUGAUUUAAACUGUACAAUCACUUGGAGCAGGAAAUUUUCUACGGUCAGUAAAUCGAUUUCGUAGCAAUUUCACUGCUAGUAACAAUCAACCGAAACGCGGUUUUAUAUACCUACAAGGAAAGGAAAGGAAAGGUCCACUUUUAUUAGUGGCAGGCAAAAUAGUCUGUCACAAGUGUAUAUUAUACCGAGUACUGUUUGCCAAGAGCUUUCACAUCAAUGGGAUCGCAUUACGAAAUGGAUACGUCUGGAUACAUAAAUGAAGGUGGACAGCUUAAAACCAAAAAUGGCCAAAAAUACAUUAUCAAUAGCGUCCCGCGUGGUAAGUACAUCCCAACCUGGUGCUGGUACUUUACCCUAUUCCUGCUCAGUGCACUGGUGCUACUCUCGAUCGUAUUGUUGGUUCUAUUGAUUAAUCAGCAACGAUUGUACACUUCCGAAAGUGGACCCACAAAUGGCAGCAAUUCAACCAUCCUAGCCGGAUCUAUCUACAAUGGGCAGACGUCCAAAAAGUGUUCUCACGAUCCUCGACUUAAGACCCGGUACGAGAACAGCUCACCAGCGGCCACCGAUGACUACGUUGAUGACGAAAGCGGUGGCGAAGCAGCCGCGACGGAUGGCGAACAGGAUGUAGUCACGCGAUACUAUGGCUGGAGUCCUUCGCAUUACAAACUGACAAUCGAACCCAACUUUGAUCGGUCGAUCAAUAACGGCACGGUGAUCAUCAACGUCAUUCGAAACUCCAAAGGUUCGAAGCUGCAGCCAAUCGUACUGGAUAUAAAUCAAAUUGAAAUUCUAUCGUCUAAAGUAUUGAAUGCGGAUGAUGUCGACAUCCCGUAUAACGCUUAUUACGGUCGAAACCGGCUAUCGUACCACAUCGCAUUGAAGGAACAUGCCGACGACACACAAAACGUAACCAUAGUUCUGGAAUUCGAAAGCAGACUGAGUGACACUCUGCAAGGUUUCUACAAGGGUUCCUUCGUAGAGGAAGAAACGGGCCAGCGAAGCUGGUUCGCUUCGACGCAAUUCUCCCCGAUUGAUGCCCGUCGAGCGUUUCCCUGCUUCGACAGUCCGGAUAUGAAGGCGACGUUCGAAAUUUCGCUGGUACAUCCGGACGACGGUAAAAUGGUUCUAUCGAAUACGGAGCACGUUCGUACCAGCGUAGUUAGAACGGGCUAUUUGCGGGAAGACUUUGCCACUACGCCACGGAUGAGUACCUAUUUGGUGGCGUUCAUCGUUUCCGAUCUGCAGCUGGUGCAACGUUCGGAGGGAUUCAGCCCGCAGAUUAAUAUCUGGAGCCGACCGGAGGUCGGCAGAAUGACCGGUUACGUUCAUAAGUUAGUAUUGCGAAUUCUACCCUACCUGGAACGGUACUUUGAUUUGAAGUUCAACAUGAAAAAGAUCGACAUGGUAGCGGUUCCGGAUUUCGGAUUUAGUGCGAUGGAAAAUUGGGGGUUAAUUACCUUUCGGGAAUCUGCAUUUUUAGUCCCCGAAGAUACGAACAAAAGUUCGUCUGCUAAGCAUAAGGAACGGGUGGCUUCCGUCGUGGCACACGAGCUGGCUCAUCAGUGGUUCGGAAAUCUGGUUACGCCACGUUGGUGGAAUGAUCUCUGGCUGAAGGAAGGGUUCGCCACCUACCUAAGCUAUGAAUGUCUAAAUUUUGCGGAGAAAAAAUGGCGUAUUUUUGAGUCCUUCGUGCAAAAUGAACUGCAGAAAGCUUUCGAAAAGGAUUCGGACAGUAACUCACAUCCGAUUUCAUUUCCUGUGAAUCGCGAAUCGGACAUCCGAAGGAUUUUCGAUCCCAUUUCCUACUCAAAGGGUGCUUCCAUUAUCCGAAUGAUGAACAGCUUCCUCGGCCAGGACGCAUUCAAGUCUGGCAUAACGGAAUACCUUAAAAAGUAUCAGUACGACAAUGCUGAGCAGGAAGAUUUGUGGGAAAUUUUAACACAAAACGGUCACAGCUAUAAUACUCUUCCACAGACCCUAGACGUGAAGCAAAUAAUGGACACUUGGACGCUGCAGGCCGGCUAUCCGGUGGUAACGGCCGAAAGAAUUGGCGAGAAGACCAUCCGCAUUUCACAACAACGCUACAUGCUUCCAACGAAAAAUGCAACCGAUGAAACGCGGUGGUAUGUUCCGAUUACGAUAGUUACAGAAGCAACGUCAAAGGAAACUGUACCAUCAAUAUGGCUCAGUUUCGAUAAUUCGUCCAUCGAAGUAGAUAUUGAAGUUGAAAAAGAUGACUACUUUUAUCUAAACGCCGAUCGUACGGGAUACUAUCGCGUCAAUUAUGACUAUAUUUCGUGGAAAAAACUGACGAGUAAGUUUCCCCAAUUACCUCCACUGACGAGGUCGCAAUUGGUAGACGAUGCAUUCAAUCUGGCCAGAGCGGAAUUCAUUCAGUAUGACAUACCGUUAACGCUGAUCAUACUUGUCUCUCGCUAUCCGUUCGAUAUUCCAGCUUGGUCAUCUCUGAGCAAAGGGUUAAUGUUUCUGAACGACAUGCUGGUCCGGGAACCAGCCUACGAGAGUUUUCUUGCGGUCAUGAGAUCGGUGCUUAGAAAGUCCUUUGAUGAGUUAGGAUUCGAAGAUCAUCCGGAGGAUGAUCAUCUAACGGUGAUGCACCGGGAAAGGAUUGUCGGGCUGGCGUGUAAGUUCGGUAUUGAUAAGUGUUCGGUUACUGCUCAGACCCUGUUCCGCCGUUGGAUGACCGACUUUAAGGACAAUAAGAUUCCACCCAAUCUGAAGCAAGUCAUUUAUUGCACCUCCCUGAGAGACGGUGGUGUUCCCGAGUGGAAUUUCGCUUACAAACGGUAUCUGGAAACGGAUUCUGCUUCGGAAAAAGAACUGAUUCUGAAUGCACUCGGUUGUACGGUCAAACCAUGGUUACUAUCGAAAUACCUUAACAUGACGUUGGAUCCAUCAUCUGGCAUAUUAAAACAAGAUGGUGCAAGAGCCUUCCAAUCUGUAGCUAAAAACUACGCCGGCAACGAUAUCGCAUUCAAUUUUCUGUAUGAAAACAUCGAAAAAAUCACAAAAUACUUUGGCGAUGGCUUCUCAACCGUAGCGAAGAUGAUCGACUCGGUGACGUGUCUCAUGAACAAAAAGCAUCACAUGGAACAGUUCGAUCGGUUUCAGCGCAAAGCGCGCAAGCUGGAACUGCGGACGGUCGAGAAAAGCGUCGGCCUGGCGGCGGAACAAAUCCGAAACAACAUUUACUGGCGCUCGCGGUCCUACUUCCAGCUGCACGAGUUUCUAGAAAAACUCAUUCAGGACAUGCACAUGAACAUGUACUAACUAACUUAGCCCACCCAACGAAGAACAAAAAAAAAACAAAAACGCUCCCCAUAAGUUCCAAAUCAUUGGAAAGGUCUUGAACUUCCUACACUGUUGGCAUUAUGCAGGAUCCUACCUAGAACUAGAACUAGCCUCGCAAAACUUAAACUAGAAAACAAGUUCCAAUUCUCAACGCGAGCGUGCGGCUGCUGGACGAAUCAACGAAUCGACGAGCUUAGCGACGAAACUGAAAUUUUAAAAUUUGAGAAUUGAGGAUGGAUUGUUUGGCUGUGCGAAUCAAAUGUUUAUUUUUAAAUAACGUUAGCAAAUUUAAGUCGGACGACAUGUUCAGAGAGUAAGCCAGAGUAGCAUAAAAAAUGACUGCUUCUUACCCUCCCCUAUGUUGUUGCUUGAACUGCAACUGCGAAACAUGUUGCUAGUUGCUACUACUAUCAGUAUUUAUUUAAUCCAUCUUAGGUAACUUAUGUGAACAUGCGUCGUGAAAUAAACGGGAAACAGUCUGCUAGUGAGUAACGAUUUUCUCAAAGAAAUAGAUGAUAGGUGAUGUUUGCCAUAUUUUUGUUGCAGCUCUUAAUUGAAUAAAAAUAGGUAUUUUAGGAUAAAAGUUAAGAAAGUGCCCGCCAAUCUGAAAGAGUCAUAUAAGAUGUUCUAAAAAUCGAAUUCGAAGCAUUACAAAGUAAGUUCCGAUGCUAGUAUUUGUUUC